GCAUGCAGGUAAUGUCACUCACAGCAAUGCAAUUGGUUUGAUGGUGGGAGCAGAAGUCGACAGAAGCCCUAUGUCACAGUCUUGGUAUAGCGAUUGAACUGUGCCCAAUUAUUUGAGCAAUCAUGUCAGAAAUUAAAACUUGGGCCUUUUGGAGAGCAGUUCUGGCUGAGUUGCUGGGGAUGACUAUCUUUGUCUUCACUGGCCUCUCAGCAGCUAUAGGGAAUCCCCAUAACUCUAACCCUGACCAGGAGGUGAAAGUGGCAUUUGCGUUUGGCUUGGCGAUCGCUACGCUGGCCCAGUGCUUAGGUCACAUCAGCGGUGCCCACCUGAAUCCUGCCAUCACCAUGGGUUUCCUAGUCACCUGCCAGAUGAGUGUCCUCCGGGCUCUUUUCUACAUUAUAGCUCAGAUGUUGGGAGCGAUGGCUGGCAGUGGUAUUGUGUAUGGUAUCAGGCCAGAGAACACUGAUUCACUUGGCGUUAACAAGCUGCAUGGAAUCAGCCCAGGACAAGGUUUUGCUGUUGAAUUCCUGCUCACACUCCAGCUGGUCCUGUGUGUUAUAUCAGUCACUGAUAAUAGACGUGAUGUCAGUGGGUUUGCACCUUUGGCUAUUGGAUUGUCUGUAGGGCUGGGACAUCUAGCCGGGAUCAGCUACACAGGAUGUGGGAUCAACCCAGCUCGAUCCUUUGGGCCUGCGCUUAUUCAAGAGUCUUUUGAUGAUCACUGGGUAUACUGGGCAGCACCAAUGAGCGCUGGGGUGGCGGCAGCGCUCCUCUAUGAUUACCUGCUUCUACCCAGAGAUGAGCCGCUGAGUGAACGAGCAAAAAUCCUGUGCUGCUGUGGCCCAGAAAUGGAGGCUCAAAUGCGGGAGCCACUUCUGGAGGAUGUUGGUGAUGGAGAAUGGUCAAAGGAGCGUGUUUGAGUGGGAAUAUGCCUCUAUACCAUGCAGUUUUGCAUUAGAAAUAAAAACAAAUCUUCAAAA